CACCCUCCACCCUCCACCCUCUACUCUCCCUUCAACCUUCCCCUUGCCACCGCCCCCUAGUUCCCCCCAACACAAUGCAUUCCUUCUUCUUUCUCCCUUCUUCCUCUUCUGUUCUGAAAUUUCUAAUUUUCUUUUUUUCACUGUUAUUCAUGGAAACGAAAUAGGUUUUUUUUUCCAUUCCCACCGUGGUGGGACUGGAAAAAAAUAGUUGUUUCCGCCAUGGUAGAAACCAAAAAUUGGUUCGAUUCAUGCUUCUUCUUUUUUUGAAAUUUUAAUAUUUUUGAGGGGGGAGAGGGGUUGACUGUUAAGGGGUGUCUAGCUUGUAAUGAGCCUUUGGAUGGAGGCACUAUACAAGGACAGCGCAUAGGAAUUCUUCUUACCAAUUUUUUUUUUUUUUAAAAAGAGUAAACCCCUUCUUUUUUUUAUUUGUUUAAUUUGUAUUUGGAUCUCUAUUUUCCAAGUCGAUUUUGGGGUUAAUUUGGGGUCUACCAUCUUUGUGAAGAGCAAAUACAAAGCAUAUUUUAUCCUUUUCAUAUUUCUGUUAGUCUCGGCAAGAUUUUUGGAUUUCAAUGCUACACUAAAUCUCAUUUUUCCUUUUCUGGGAUGGGAAAAGUAAAGCUGGAUAUAAAGAAACUAGAGAACUCAAGUAGCCGUCAGACCACUUAUUCAAAACGAAAACAUGGGAUCUUGAAAAAGGCACAAGAGCUAUCUAUACUGUGCGAUAUAGACCUUGCCCUUGUCAUGUUCUCCCCGGGUGGUAAACCAAGUUUAUGCUGUGGAAAGCACAGCAGCAUUGAGGAGGUUAUUGCAAGGCUCAAUCAGCUACCACCACAGGAGAGGACAAAAAGAAAGCUGGAAGGUCUUGAAGCACUGAAGAAAACAUACAGGAAGAAGUCAGACCAUGCUGUAAAUAUAGAAGAUUUUCUUGAUACGAGUGCACCAACACUUAAGGAUGUGACUGAACAGGCUUCUAAACUACAAACAAGACUUGCUGAGAUCCAUGAAAGACUCUGGUAUUGGACAAACCCUGAUAAUGUCAAUGAUUUUGGACUACUGAUGCAAAUGGAAGAUUCACUUGAGAAGUCACUUGACCAAAUCCAAAGACAGAAGGAAAAUUUCCAAAAGCAACAUUGUUUGGCCCUAGUGAAUGAGGAAAAUUUCCAGAAGGAACAUCGUUUGGCCUUGGAGAAUCAGUUUUCCUUUCAAGCAAGCGGUGGACAACAACUUCAGUCAUUACUAUGGAACCCAAGUGAUAAUAUUCAGCAAACUUUUCUAACUCAGGAGCAAAAAUCACAUACCCAAAGGGACAUUGAGAGCUGCACUGGUUCUACAUCUGGUAGCUACUUUGGGUGUCUAAGCACAAGUAGUAAGUCAGAGGCAAAUAGCCCAGGCCAACUAAGUGGGAUAGACAAUGUUGGUCAUGAUGCAUUUCAGGGACUCCAAUUUGGUGGCAUGUAUUCAUAUCUACCUUAUGGCCUUAACAUGCAGGGUGGUGAUAGUACUAAUAUGCAGUCGAUGUUAGGUAUGGAUCAACGACAAAGUACAGCUCUUGCUUAUGAUGCUGGUAGAAACUAUCAGUCAACCUUACCUUCCCAUGGCAUUGGCAAUCAUUUUUUACCUGAUACUCCUGCUGAUUCUGCAUUUGCUGAUUAUAACAACUACCAGUGGCAGAAAUCAACUGUUCAAGCUCCUGCAAUGCCAUCCAUUUAUGAAAGAAUUGCUGGAGAUCCCAGUCAUCUACUAUUUGACAAUAAUCCUAAAUCCUAACCAUUAUGCUCAACUUGUCUGACUUUCUUUCUGAAUCUACUACUUAUCAGUAGUCAGUACUAUACAUAUAACUGCACCAUGGGUUGCGUGGAUCCCCCGACAUCAAUAAACAUUUCGGAGGCGAUCUGCACCUUAAAGCACUUCUGUAUUACAUAAAUCUACCAUCAUAGCUAUAUCAUAGGCAUGGAUGAAAAUCCAACUUUACUUAUAUUUUCAUUCUUUCAGACUAAUGUAAUUACUACAUGCAGCUUAUGCGGCUGCUAAAACAUCAGCUUACAGUAAACUGAAUCCAACUUGAAAUUACAGUACAGUGAAUCAAAUCUAUUGUUAAAGUUCUCGAAUGUAUGAAAUUCUUGGAUUCAUAACAUAUAUCAAUCCUAAUUAUUCAUGUAAAUCAACAUCAACAACAAUUGUCAAAUCCAACGUCGAAAUUCUGCCAUCCUUAGAGCUGUCUUUGUAUUAACUAAUAAUAAUCUGACAAUUUUGGCCGGUAUCUUGUGCAUCUACCUUGUAUUUCAUACAACAACAAUAUUAUGUAUCACUAACUUUUAUAUAAUUGAUAAUCUUACACCAACAAAUUCCAAAUAUGAGCCAAAGUUUGUCCAAGUUCCUUAGAAAAUCACAACGAUUAAAUUAUAAGCAAAACACUAGUUAAAAGGUACAGCACCAAAAUACUUCUAAGGAACCAAACCCAGAAUUUGAAGAUAUGCAAACACCAACUUAAAUACUAGCCUUAUUGCAGAAUUUAUAAGAAGCAUGAAGAAAGAGCCAUGUAAAAGUGAUUUAAUAUCUCUCUUUACCCUGUGUUUCUUAAAACAGGGCAGCUUAGCUUCAUGUCACCAAAAUAACUUUCCAGUUUUGGACCCUUCAUAAGAGCACUAAGCAGCUCGCCACGGUCGUAAAAGAACUCGGUUUUGAUCAACCUCAUCUGUUCA